AUGCUAUGUCAGCAGAACGUUAAGAGGACGGUGAAGAGAGUCUUAGAGUUUUCAAAGCAGCAAAAAAAUGAAAAGGUUUCCGAAAAGAAAGAAUGGAAUCGGAUACUCUAUGAUACAGCGAACACUUUGAAGCACAUUCAUGGAUGUGGAUUUGCAUACAACGAUUUGAAAGCCAAUAAUGUUGUUUUAGAGAAGCGUCAAGACAAAUGUCUCCACUCAGUAAUCAUUGACUUUGGCAAGAGUGCAGCGCUCAGGAAAGCCAAGAAUCCCGUCCUUAAACCAUCAUAUUUGAAAGAUCAAUACAAGAACAGUUACAUUGCCCUUGAAAUUAUCGAUGGCACAGGGAAACCUUCAAUAGACAAUGACGUGUACUCACUAGCAUUCAUGAUAAAAUCCGUUUAUGUAAUUAUGAAGUUCAAAAGCAUUUGA